AUGGUUUUCAACAUGCGCGGUCUCUCUUGCAUCUUGCCCUUCGCUGGGCUCUUGGCCCAAGCGGCACCUCUCGUCGAUCGCUCGCUUGAAGUACAGAACACCACCAAUCUCCUGACCAAGCGCGCCCUUCCAAUCUUCAGUGGCUUCGGUUCGGAUCCCAACCGUCGUGCCAGGGCUGAGGCUGCUUUCCGUGAUGCUGUCACCCUGGCCGCCGAUGUUCUGAACGCACCUCGUUUCGAGGACACAUUCAACCUCUACUUCGACGGUGCCGGUGACAAAGACGAGAUUCUCCAGGUUUUCCGAAACGUGGUUGGUGACAAUAGUGACGGCACCGGUUCGAGCGUCAUUGGCAAUAUCGUUAUCGACAACGACGAUACCGGCGGUGGCUGUGGCGGCAAUGUUGUUGCGUUUACUGAGAACCUCAACGGUCGCAAGGCAGGUGCCAUCACUCUCUGCGAGAAAGCAUACGCAUUCCCCGACUUGGCGGACAAAGGCUGCGAGGAUCUUUCCACUACCGUGGGCACGCUCAUGUCGACACUAGGUGGAGUCGUUCUGCAUGAACUCAUGCACUAUCAAGAGAUUGGAGACCCAGCCCUGGGUGAUCACAUCACCGACUUCGGUGCUGAUGGUUAUGGCCCAUUGAAGGUCCGCUCCCUGAGGAGGAGCGAUGUCUCCAAAGCGCGCAUCAACGCAGACAGCUACCGCUGGAGGUUUACUGGUCCAACAGAUGUGGCAAGAGCUAUUCUGGGCCCCGCGACAACCGUGACACUGGCGACAGUGCCUGCGGUGGAUCGGUCUGUGAGAUCAUGUAGUCCAUCGCCAGAUCAGCAGGCUGGAAGCGUUGCUGGACACAGACUUCGACUUGGGAAGGCAAAGUUGCGGGCUCUCGGACAAGAACACCGGCUCGACCUCAACCUCAUCAAGAACCGUACACAUCAGGUAUGCUUCGCAAAACGCUCGCUGUUCCUCAGCACUCGGCAUAGGAUAUCUAUCAAUGAGGACAAUUGGGCAUUGAUCCUUGGCGGGAGAGUUGCGGACCAAGAUGUUCAUGUAGUUCGAGUCGCCGUGCAUCACGGUGGUCUUGCAUUCGUACUGCUCGAACAGCUUGACGACCCAGUCCAGUUCUCCGUUCCAGUCGAAGUGCUCGAACGUGGCGGGUGGCUCUUCCGCAUCGCCACUCUGACCGAAGAGACGGAUUGA